AUGGCCCAGCAGCAGAUGAGCAGUUCACAGAAAGCGCUGAUGCUGGAGCUGAAGUCGCUGCAGGAGGAGCCGGUGGAGGGCUUCCGCAUCACCCUGGUCGACGAGUCCGACCUCUACAACUGGGAGGUGGCGAUCUUCGGGCCCCCCAACACCCUCUACGAGGGCGGUUACUUCAAGGCUCACAUUAAAUUUCCUAUUGACUAUCCAUAUUCACCACCUACGUUCAGAUUCCUGACCAAAAUGUGGCACCCCAACAUUUAUGAGAAUGGGGAUGUAUGUAUUUCAAUUCUUCACCCACCUGUAGAUGACCCGCAAAGUGGAGAGCUGCCCUCCGAGAGGUGGAACCCUACCCAAAAUGUCAGGACUAUCUUACUGAGUGUAAUCUCUUUGCUUAAUGAGCCCAACACAUUCUCUCCUGCCAACGUGGAUGCAUCAGUCAUGUUCAGGAAAUGGAGGGACAGUAAAGGAAAAGACAAGGAGUAUGCUGAAAUCAUAAGGAAACAGGUUUUGGCUACCAAAGCUGAGGCAGAGAAGGAUGGCGUGAAGGUCCCCACUACACUGGCAGAAUACUGCAUCAAAACUAAAGUGCCUUCCAAUGACAACAGUUCAGAUUUGCUUUAUGACGACUUGUAUGAUGAUGACAUUGAUGACGAAGAUGAGGAGGAAGAGGAUGCCGACUGUUACGAUGAUGAUGAUUCUGGCAAUGAGGAGUCGUGA